AGUUGUCUUUCUUGAAAAGGUCACCGCUGACAAAAUGGCGGAGGUACAGAAUGUCGAUCCUGUCAUGGAAAAGCCAUGGCAGAGAGCGAAACGUUUUCAAAAGUAUGAUUUCUUCAGGAAGUCAGCGUUUCCUCCCAUGCAGAUCGAGCCUUUUCAAGAUGAACGAGCCAGACUUGCUGGGGAAGGCAUGACACCCGAGCAGAGAGCUUUGAGAAAACAAUGGGUGAAGGAUCAAAUUCUGCAUCAUGAGCCUCGGAGUGUACCCCAGCUUCAGCCUUACAAUAUCUUUCGAAGAAUUUACAGAUUCCCAGCCGAUGUUCUCAUUUACGGUCCAGCACAGAAAUUUGUGUCCAAAACUGCUGCCUCAGUUCUACGGUACACUGUGCCAAAGAUGCUGAUGACAUUUGGGGGAGCCUAUUUACUAUGGUAUCAUCUCAAGUAUAACCAAAAUGACUGGACAAGAUCUGGAGGAUGGGUCGUCUAUUUUGGAAAACCUACCCUUGUUGGAGAGGGUUCACAAAAGCAGUUUGUCGAGAAGCAGGCCACAGAUUACUUUGACAGAGGAUUCAAGUCUAGGAAAGCCCUCAUGUACCAAGACCCAGAGCCUUAGCCAGUGAAGGAACCUACUCCCAAACCGCCAUCAGCACCACGCUCCCAGUCAUGGUUUUUCUGAUGCUAUUGCAAUUAUCAGUUGAGCAGUUGAAGUUCACGGUUUACUUUCUUCACCUGUUAAGUGAUGGUAAUGUCUGGUGUUUUAUGAAGAAAAUAGAAAAUAACUGAUUGUGCUGGUUCUUCUAAUCUAUAACUUAUUAGCUUGUGAACUGGUUGUGUUUUGAAAAUCCAUUCAAAAGUCUAUGCAGUGUAGAAGAGUUCAAUUUGAUUCUUAUAAAGACAAGUGAUGGUCAUCAUAUUUUUGCCUUAUGAAGGAGUCUGAUAAAAAUAUUGCUUGAGUAACACUUAGACCCUAGAACUGACAUCAUACGACUUGGCAGGGGAGAGAGGAAUAAUCUAAAGAGAUUUUAUGCUCUUAGGAUAUGAAAUUUAAUGUUAUGUGCUAAUACUGAAUGUAGAUAUUAUCCGUUUAGACGGAUAGGUAAGAAAUUGAGUGAUACCAUUGUGUACAGAGUGUAUGUGCGUCUGUGCUCCUUCAUAUUUCCCUUUGUUGCAGAUUGCAAACUUAGGAAAAAUAAAGGUCAAAUCUUAUUAUU